AUGACUCUCAAUGCCAUGCUCAAUUCACCUGCUAGGCUAGCACAGCCUCAUCUCCAUCCAGAUAAAAUCAAUGGAGCUUUAUGGUUUGGUAUUGACCCAUGUGUCAACUCUUUCAUUCGGGCAACUUGGCAAGCAUACUACAUGGGGCCUUGGAAGAGUUGGAGGAAGGUUCCUGAUGAAAGGAGGGAAUCAUGGUGGCAAACGUUUGUGCAAAAUUUCUAUUGGGACCCUGAGUUUAAUGACUUAGUCUACGGUCUUUGGAAGAAAGAAACGUGGACAACCAUUGGUGAAAGGAUAAGCAAGAAGAAGAGGCAACAGAAGAAGCCAAAGUACAUCAAUGAAGCUGACUGGACUCUCCUGUUGGAGCAUUGGGCGACCGAUGCAGCUAAAAAGAAGAGCAAGAAGGCUGCAAAAUCUCGCAAGUCUGAUCCUAUGGUGGCUUCUGGUACUAAUGAGAGGCCAUCAUUCACUGACAUAGUCAGGGCGACACACACCAGACCAGAUGGGACUUUUGUCGACUACCGUGCUGAAGAGCUGGUUACUCAAGCCGAGCUGGAAGCCACACAGCUCUCUAACACUUACAGAUCACCCGGGAGUCCAAGUGCAUCAUCUACUCCUUCUCGCCUCAAGAUAAGCAAAGCUUAUCUAAAGAAUGCUAGGGGUAAGAGGGGGCAUGUUUAUGGACUCGACAGUGCCCAAUACAGAGAGCAAGCACCUUCUUCACGCGUCCCUAAUGGUCUUUCCCGCAACCUGGAGCUGGAGAUGCGUGUGGGAGGUCUUGAGACAAGCCUCCAAAGUGUGAAGCAGGAUGUAUCCGAGAUGAAGCAGGAUGUAUCCGAGAUGAAGCAGGACUUUGCAUCAACAAGAGAUGCAAUCAAUCAGCUCCUCCAAAUGCUUCGUCCCCCACAAGCACCCACUGAACAGACUUCUGCUCAUCCCCAAGCCCCAACUCCUCAGCCUUAA